GGUUAACGCAGAUCGGUGUGUGAUAAAUAGUCAACCGGCAUGGCCUGCAACCAUUCCACAGUGCUGGGUAGCCACGGGCAUAGAAAAAAGUUUACAACAUCACGGGAAUAGACAGAAUAAUAAAAAAAUCUACAUUGAAUUAAAAUUUCUAUCACGAGUUCAAUGCAUGCAGUGUAGUGCGUGGUGCGGCUAGUUACAGUAGGGCGAACACAAGUCUGCUGGUGCGUUUGGUGGAUGUGAAAAAAAGUGUAGCGCUGCCUGCUAGUGCAAGAAUCUAGCCGACUGCUUCUUUCGGUGGCGUAUUCCUGCAUUUCGCUUACCAGCAAUGCUGCACGUCCUAUCGCAGUAGGCCAGCGUGCCGUAUUAUCUCAUCCCGCGGGCCGUAACGCGUUGCCGAUAGUUCGGCCGGAAGAAUGUUCCGCGGUGCCCGAAAUGGCAAUCGGGCGGUGGGAUUGUUUGUGUAAGUCCCAAACCCCAGUACGGAUGAGUGAAAAGUGAGCAAUCUGUUACGAUUAGCGCAUCCCAUGUCGGGACACCAGGUGCCCAGUGGACACAGUGUGGUCGUGUAAACCCAUUCGCCAGUCGUCGGUACACGGUGUGUCAUCCGGAACGAAGGAACGUCCGAUUGUACCCGUGGCUGGUGGUGCAGGUGCAGUGAAUUGGUGGCAUUGUGAUAGGUGUGUGGUAAGGUGUUUCCCUGGAGUUGUGCAGCCGUUGCGAGAGUGGCCAAGCGUGGGAGAAAAAUAAACAAAAAUGAUGGCCAAUUUGACAGAUGGUGAUCAAAGUUUUUGCAGUGUGACAGUUCAGCAGCAACAGCAUCAAAUAUCCGGUAGUGUGGGUGGUGGGGGUGGAGGCGGUGCCAGUGGGAAUGUGGCGCAUACCGGCAACGCCUUGCACGUAGGCGUCGCCGGCGUUGCCGGUGGAGGGGAAGAUGGCGAGAGUGGCUUGGGUAGUACGGUUACCGUCGGAACGGCAUCGUCGGCGGCGAUGAUGGGAUCGAUGACGCCGACGCCGACCGCAUCCACGACGACACUGUCGGCAACGCCAACCGUUGGAACGUGGACGGAAUUUUGCGAGCGUCACGCACGGGCGGCCGCAGCGGACUUUGCCCGAGCGUGCGUAAAUUACGUCACCAACAAUCUGCCGGAAGUGGCCCGCCACACGAUCUCCCAUCGGGAUUUUAUGCGCCGCUUCGUUCACUGCUUCGAGUCUCGCUUCGAGGACGAGUUUCAGCGCCGACGAGCGCAACCUAAGACUGGAAAUGGAUCCGCUACGGUGCCGGAGGAAAGCGAUUAUUCCGAGGACACAGAUUCGCCAAAAACCAACCACAAACCGUUCUUCCGACGACUAUCGUUCAAAGGCCUCCGUAAGGGCAAAGUAAUUCAUGCAUUUUUCCACAAGCAACACUCGGACGAGGUAGAGCUAUCCGAGCGGCGCGCCAGUAAAACUAAACUCGCAAAAAUAGUGGUCGAAUGUCGGAAGGAGGGCACCGUCAACUACCUUUCGCCGGAAAAUCUCGACCAGCCCGGUUCCCAGAAGUGGGAAAAGUGUAAGCUGGUGCUAGUGAAAACGGUCUCAGGAUAUAUGCUGGAAUUCUACUCACCACCAAAGUCACAGAAGCCUCGGAGCGGCGUGUUUUGCUUUCUUAUAACGGAAGCUCGUGAAACGACGGCAUUGGAAAUGCCGGAUCACGAGAAUACGUUCGUGCUGAAGGCUGGCAAUAAUAUGGAGUACGUCAUCGAGGCCCGCGACACAGAUGACAUGCGCAGCUGGCUUGCCACGAUACGCUACUGUAUGCGUAGUACGCAAACGACUUCCGAACCAUCCGAUUCGGUUGCCACGGAUUUGAUCACCACCCUCAGUACCUCAAUGUCGCACGGUGGAGGAGGAACCGGCGGUAUACCGUCGACGCUGGUGGCAUCCAGUGGGCUUGCCACGGAUGUAAACAACCUCAGUCUCAACCAAUCGUUAACGGGCACAACCGGUGGAACCGGUGCGUCAGUAGCGAACGCGUUGAAUAGCAGUGGAACGGUACCGGUCGCUACCGGGACAGCUGGCAAUGCGACCUCCAACACCACCGUUACGACUGCCAGCGCACCGGAAUUGCCUCCCCGUCGGCCCGACGACCGGAUAUCGUCGUCGAGCAAUUUCGAGCUGACGGAAAAUGAUCUGGACCUGUCGCACGAGCACGACACCGACCUGACGGCAAUGAUGCGCGAGUAUCCCUGGUUUCAUGGCACGUUGCCUCGCUUCGAAGCCGCCCAGCUGGUGCUGCGCGAAGGCAUCUCUAGUCACGGCGUGUUCCUGGUGCGGCAAAGUGAAACGCGCAAGGGCGAAUUUGUGCUCACGUUCAACUUCCAGGGCAAGGCGAAGCAUCUGCGCAUGACGCUGAACGAUCUUGGCCAGUGUCGGGUGCAGCAUCUUUGGUUUCCCUCGAUCACCGAGAUGCUCGAACAUUUCCGCCAACAUCCGAUACCGCUGGAAUCGGGUGGUACGGCCGACGUCACACUAACGGGGUACGUGCUUACCCCGCAACACCAGCACGUGUUCACGCACCAGCAGGCCCAACAGCAGCAACAGCAACAACUGCAACAGCAGCAACAUCAGCAGGUGAUGUCAGGCUUGCAGGCGGGUCAGCAAACGGCAACCAGUAAUAACUACUCCACCACGCUGAUUGGCAGUAGCAGUGCGAGCAGUAGUAAUGUGCCCGGUGGCAAUACUGGUGCUACUAACAAUGUUUCCAACUCCUCCAACACACCCAAUGCGACCGGAACGGCAGCGGCCAGCGGCAGUUCGGCAGCUAGUGGCAACCCUCAAACCAGCCCAAGACAUCCAACGCAAGCGAUCACGCUGAACGGAAGUGUGCGAAUCAAAACAUGUGACCUGGAACUGUCGCUGCAAACGGUCCCGGUCGAGCAGAUGAGUUCGCACCUUCACCAUUCCCAUCAUCAGCAGCAGCAGCAACAACAACAUCAGCAACACAUUCAUCUACACUCGUCACAGCAACAGCAACAGCAACCAGGAACGAGUGGUCUCAGUCAGGGAUCUGCAUCCGGUUCCGGACAAACCGGCACGGCGGAGGAUGUGCAGCGGGCAGUGGAUAAUCAGUAUAGCUACGUUUGAACGUAAUUUGUCCACGUUCUUUUUUAAGGCUGUAGUGUAAACUAUCCCCCGAUUGACUAAAUGAUUUGUUACUCGCAGUUCCAAAAUUCUUGUAAUAUACAAAUUUGUGUUAAUUCCUUUUCCUUGCUACACUUCUCCACUGCGCUACAAGUUAGUUCUUGACGCAAAUUACCUUUUUUUACCAUUUUUCAUUUUCGUUUUCGUUUAACUACAGCCUUAAAAUACACGUGGCAUAUCCAUUGAAUCGUUACUAGCCCUAAAACGGUUCGCCAGUCGUUGGAAUUGAAUAAAGCGCGCUUAUUAAUGGGACAUCUGUUGCACGUCUACACGACACUACGAUCAUUUACCUUAGAAUAUACUUUACACGAUCAUUGUGUAAGCCAUUGUGUAUAAUGUUGCUUUUUUGCGCCAACUGUUUCGUUUUCGUUAGUGCAAUAAAGUUAAUAAAACCAGAUCGGCAUGCUGGAAAAAGGA